GGUUUUGGAGUAGGGACAAUCGUCUACCUUCCGGAGAUGUGCAGCAGGGACCAACGAAGUCGCCUGGCGGCCUUGCUCAUGCCCCUGUUCUCGUCAGGGAUACUAACUGCGUUCCUGGUGGGCGGCUACCUGCCGUGGAACGUGGCCUCGGCAUCUUACACAGGAGUCUGCACCAUCGGAUUGAUCUGCUCUGUGGUCUGGACCCCCGAGUCCCCCUGCUGGCUCGUCAACGAGGGUCGCUACGAAGAAGCCAAGCGGAGCCUUCGGUAUUUACGAGGCUCGGAUUCUACCAACAUUGAAGCCCAUGUCGAGGUCCUGAAAAUGAGCCGAAAAUCAGUGCUUGUCGAGCGUAACGCCGUGUUCUCGGACCUUCUGGAGCCGACCGUCUGGAAGCCGUUCGUCAUCCUGGUGCUCUUCCACUUCCUCCAGACAGGCACCGGGUUCUACGGGCUCAUGUACUACACGGUCGACUUCUUCGACGACCUCCGCACCUCUUUCGACCCCCUCACCGUCACCAUAUUCCUCUCCGUCGCCAGGCUCGUCAUGAGCUGCGUCUUCGGCACCUACUGCGCCACCCGGCUCAACCGCAAAGUCGUCACCGCCCUGUCCAGUGGUCUGAGCGGGGUUUCCCUGCUGGGAGCGGCGGCCUACGAGCACGUGUUCACGAGCAUCGACGCGGACGAGCGGCUCCACACGUGGAUCCCGAUCGGGUGCAUCCUCACCAACGUGCUCGUCUGCACCAUCACCGUCCAGCCGCUCCCGUGGCUGAUGACCAGGGAGCUGUUCCCGCUCCCGGUGCGCGGGAUCAUGUGCGGCCUGACCUAUUUCAUCGGCACCGUCCUCGUCUUCCUCUCGGUCAAGUACUUCAUGAGCGUCAUGGGCCUCUUCGGCAUCCCCGGCGCCCUCUCCUUCUUCUCCGCCUCCUCCUUCCUCGUCUGCCUCUUCGGCAUCUUCGUCCUCCCCGAUACGAACAACAAGAACCGCUCCGAGAUCGAGAGGAACUUCACCAAGGCCAAACCGCGGGUCGAGGAGCAACCUCUCAUCGGGAAAGGUGUCGGGAACGUUAUGCCUACGUUACUUGUAUAGGCCCAGCGGGCCGAUUAUUGAAAUUGAUCGACAAAACUAUAGACAAAGAAGACAUAGAGAGUAAGAAGCGAUCCUAUAGGUGGAAACGGGUGGCUCUUAUAGACCAA